AUGUCUUGGGUAAUUUUUCUUAGAACAGUUUCUUUGGAGUACAAAGAUUAUCGUCAAGCUCUUAACUGUAGUAACCAGUUCUUAAAACCCCUAGUACAGUUGGAUUUUAAGAGCCGUAAGAGGAAGUUUAAGAGGGUUACAAAAAAGGGAUAAAAUUUUGAAACCAUUAAAAGGAGAUUUGGCCGCACCCAAAACAAGAUACAAGAUAAGGGCCUCGUAAUCCGAUCCAUUGUUAUCCUACAUUAGUUGUAUUAGAGGAAAAAUUUUUACUUUCAAAGAACAGCGAGUGCCCAGACGAUCAUUUGUUUUAUGGGUUCCAUUAUGCAUGUCGGUUUUGAAUGGAACGUGAUUGUUCCUUGAUCUUCGAGAAGUUUGAUUGGUGAGGUUGUUACCUUUUAUACGGAAGAUUUGUCUUCUGCUUCUGCCUGUCUACAAGCUUGUUGUUGGAAAUUUCAAUCUCUGAAAAAAGAAAUUAUCUGACGUGAAAUGCUUUUUUCAUUUGUAAUAGGUCAAGUAUUAUAUCUUUACACCAAAGUAAGACGCUUAUAUUUCACUUUUAUUCAACUUGUACAAAUAUAUGUGACGCCUACAAAUUUCCCAAAACUUUAGUCUACGAUUGACUCUUGGCACCUCUGAGAUUGUUCGUUACAGAAAUAUCUACAAGGUUAUUCUAAAAAAAUUGACAUUUUCUUUAUUCGAUUUCUCUUGGCUUUGAACGUUUGUCGGAAAAAGGUACCCAUGGCACGAAACUACUACUUUAUGUGUACACAUUGAAAGCAAAAAUUGUUCACUAGCUGCAAAAGUUGCCCACGUAUGGUUGCUUGAAGUUGCUGGGUCAGCUGUGUUUUGGAAAAGUCUUUUAUUAUUUCAAUUUUUGCCAGAAUCAACCACUUUCGCUCGAAAUGUUUUGACGGAACUUUCACUACAAUACUUUUUACUUUAUCAUGGAUAUUCACAUCCAUGUGCAAUUGACACUUCCCUCUCUUCGCUCGAACCUGUGGAUUAUUUUGUUGAUAUUUUUCAAUUUUUCUGAUGAUAACAAAUUAUGCAUUUACUAUUAUAUUUAUUUAUGUACUCAACUAAUGUUUUCGUACCAAGAGUUCAAGCUAAUCUUGGACUAAGGUCUAUUUCCAUCGGACUGACGUUAUCUAGGGAGCAAUAACCGUUUUGGCCACAAAUCCCUCCUCCCUCUGUCCUCCCUCCCCGCCCCAGCUUCCGGAUUUGCCCUGCGGGCAUGUUUAAACAUUUUUGUCCACCCGCAAAUCCCCUCUUUUGUAAUAUCCUAUCUAAUUUCUUUGUUCCAUAUCCGAUUUCAGCAUUUUUAUUGAACAUUUUUUUCGAACUUUCAAUUUCCCGCCAUUUUUGGCAUUCUGUUCUUGCGCCUCGAAAUUUGCCGGAAGCCGGUCGAAAUACGAUAUGCAUGUUGUUUACACCGUGAUUUUAUUUUCGCACCGAGACUGCAAAAUCCACAAGAUUUUCAGGCGAAUAAUCCAGGAAAUGAAGGGAUUAUCGUUCGGGUGAUCCGUUUUUUGUUUUGUCUGCUGGAAGAUAUCUGUCCUCGCGGAACGGCCAAUUUUGGGACUAAAGUGUGACUAGCAGCACGGUAAGUCAUUAUUUAUUGAUAUUAUUUUACUUCAAAAAAUUUAAAUCCAAGUAAAAACCCAAAAUUUUAGCCCUACCAUGGGUUGUGGUCAGAGCGCGGCCCAAAAGUCGGGCCGCUCGCUGGACAUUGGGCCAAAGAAGAAGCCGGUCAACUCGCAUCGUGUGGCGUCCAAGCCCAACUCUCCGGCCGAUUCGCAGAUGGGUAAGUCCUCGUCGUUGUCGACCUUCGCUUCGGCCGACGACGGGAAUGGCUCGGUGUUGGGCCGGGCCUCGGCCCGUUCGCAGGGCCUUCGCUUGGACUCGCUAACCGUCGACAACGACGCUAACAAAGCUAAUGGGAGUGCGGAGAAGAAUGAUACGGGUUCCACUAACUCUGCGCGCUCGUCGGUCUCGAUCCGGACCUUGCUUUGCGAGGACCACAGCGAUAUUGAGGACCAAGUGGAGAGGGAGAAGCCGAAAGCUCAGCGAAGUCGGUCGGUAUCGCCUUCGAAGCUCAGUCGAUUUGAUAUGAUCCGAAGAAAGAAGCCCCCCACUCCACCGUCGGCUCGAUUUUCGUCCACGUUGAUGAUGAAUCGAAGCCAGAAACGGCCGAAAAGCCCACAAAUGUGUAAGGAGCGCACUGUGCGACACUCGGUCAACUACAGCACACUGGAUUUUGGGCCUUGGUUCAUGGAUUUCCUGGUGUUUUCCGUCGACGCUCUCGUUUUGUUGAUGAAUGUUAUCGAUGAUUUUUAUUUGAUUCUUAGUUCCGCAUUUUUUCGGGAGUGGGAUUUUUUGAGUUUUCACACAACUUUUUGCACUAGUCUAUUAAAAUUUCGUAUUUACAGCAAUCAAAUCGGCGAUUUUGAUCCAAAAAUGGUAUCGACGAUGUUUGGCGCGACUUGAAGCUCGUCGUCGAGCGACUUGGAAUAUCUUCACGGCCUUGGAAUAUGCUGGAGAGCAAGACCAAUUAAAGGUAAAUUUUUUUGGAUCUUUCUUGAUUUUUGAUGAGUAAGACGAGAUAGAAUACUAUUGUAAAUCAAGUUGUUCUCAACUCUUCGAUGUUAGUACAGUGGGGGCCCUGAUCCAAUGGCAAAAAACGUACUAUUUUGCAUCCGGGAAGUAUCAAAAAUGUGGAAAAAUGCUUCCCUCUCCAAGUGAAAAAACACCGAAUUCAAAAGCCGCUCUUUUUGUGUGGGAGAGGGCGCGCCCUUCAAAACGAAGUUUUUUUCACUUGGAGAGGGAAGCAUUUUGCCACAUUUUUGGAUCUUCCCGGAUGCAAAAUAGUACGUUUUUUGCUACUGGAUCAUGCCCGUCACUGUAUAGCGGUGAGUUUGGGAAAUCUCUCAAGCUCUAUCCCAACCAACCAAAAUUAAAUUUUUAGUGCUUGAAAACAAAAAGAAAAAAAGUCCAACACGUAUUUUACCCUACGAUUUUCAGCUCUACAAUUUCUUCAGCGACAUUAUCACAGCGAUGGUAACCAAGGACGGUGAAGAAAUUGGAGCCAGCCGGCUACAUCAAGGUUUGUAUUAUAACCUUGUUUUCCGUUGGCUGUGCCCUUGUUUACACUACUUUUUUUAAAUUUUGCAAAGUUUUUGCCAUAAAUUUGCACAUCAAAAAAAAUACGCAAAUUUUUUUUUAUAAAAUUUGCAUAUUGAUGUACAUAAUUUUGGUUACUGUGCCUUUAUUUUGACUUGAUGUUCUCCCCAUUUACUAAUUACGCUAAGAAUUCUCCGACUAUAACUUUCUGGCUUGGGUGAAGGUGCAAAACGGACCGGAGUAGCAUGAUUAGUAAGCGUAUUUUAGCCCUGGCUCAAUAUUCUUCACCUCCAGAUGAAGAAGAGAAGGAUCGCAAGCUGUGGGAAGCCACGAAUCCCGAAAACUUCAAAGUGGAUCGUUCCUACAAAGGCCCGUUCUUGUCGCUGCCCCUGAAAAAGGCUCAUGUGGUGAUGUUGAUCGAGCAUUUCAAAAGUAACAAGGUAAGAGAGGCCUUGAAAUGGGCAUUAAGCGUACAGUGGGGGACCUUAUCCAGUGGCAAAAAAUGUACCAUUUUGCAUCCGGUAAGUAUCAAAAAUGUGGCAAAAUGCCUCCCUCUCCAACUAAAAAGCGAGUCAUUUCCUUCACAAAAAGAGCAGGCGCGCUUUUGAAGUCGGAGAUUUUUUUUCUUGAAGAGGGAAGCAUUUUGCCACAUUUUUGAUACUUCCCGGAUGCAAAAUGGCACGUUUUUUGCCACUGGAUCAGGUCCCCCACUGUAACAGGGACUAUUUUUAAUUAACACACCGUUUCAUUAGAUAUCGUAUUUCGAAACUCCAUCUAAUAACAUCUUUUUUUCAGAUCCUCCAUCCCAGAUUUCUUUUGCUGAUUCUGCAUGAGGCCCGGAAAUUACUGCGAACAAUGUCUACUGUAACAUACGUCUCUACCUCUCUUUCCAAUCAGGUCACAAUCUGCGGAGAUCUGCAUGGGAAAUUCGAUGAUCUCUGCAUUAUAUUGUACAAGGUAAAGGAGCUGUUAGCAACCCCAUAUUUUACAUCGAUUCCCAUAAAUUUUAUGCCUAACAUUUUUUCUGAAGUAGUUUACAUCAAAAACAGCAAUUCUCCGAUUUUCAUGUUUUCGUGGCGGGAACCAAAAAUUGUUCCUUUUUUGUAAAAUUUCGAAUUUUCAGAAUGGUUUCCCUUCCGCGGACAAUCCCUACGUCUUCAACGGCGACUUUGUGGAUCGAGGAGGGCAAUCCAUCGAAGUUUUGGUAGUUUUGUUAGCCUUAGUCCUACUAAAUCCUUCGGCCGUCAUUUUGAACCGAGGAAACCAUGAAGAUCACAUUAUGAAUCUCCGAUACGGGUUUACCAAGGAGCUCAUGACCAAAUACAAGGUAAGUACGCGCCAUUUCAGACCGACAUCAUUGGUUUGAAAAGUCAGAAUUAAGAUUUUUCAAAAUUAUAGGUCAUAUUUUAUUGAAUAUUUCUGCAGAACGCAAUCUAACAUUUCCGGCAACGUUCCAUAAUUGGUUGAAAUAUAUUUUCAGGACUCUGCCUCAGCGAUAGUCCGUCUACUCGAGGAUGUGUACAGUUGGAUGCCGAUUUGUACCGUCAUCGACAACCAGAUCUUUGUUGCUCAUGGUGGAAUCAGCGACAAGACGGAUCUAGAGUCCCUAAAGGCUGUAAAUAGAAGCAGGGUAAGGGCUGAUUUCCUAUCCGAACUUUUUUCGGCAAUUUCGACUUAAAAAAUUCAAAACUCAAGUUUUCGCGUCGGCACCCAAAUUGAAAAAAUACGCGCGGCAUUCCGUAUUUUAAAAUUUCAGUACCUCUCCGUACUCCGCCCACCAAUCACAGAGUCAAAAGAAACGGGUAAGAAGACAGUAAAUGUGGACGAAUGGCGGCAAAUGCUGGACGUUUUAUGGUCCGAUCCAAAACAACAAAAUGGAUGUAGCCCAAAUGUGUUCCGAGGCGGUGGUACCUACUUUGGGCCAGACAUUACUAAGAAAUUCCUGGAGAAGUGAGUUAUGUUACUAUAUGCUACUAUCAGACAUAUAAAAAGUAAAAACUCCAGUUUUGUAAUUUACCAAAAACUUUCGGCUGUAAGCAAGAUUUGCACUAUCGACGAAAGUUUUUGGAUAAAUCUUCCUACGCGUCUACAGCAAUAUUCCUGACCUUCCAACUUUCAGAAACGGGUUCAAAAUGAUUGUUCGCUCGCAUGAAUGUAAAUACGAGGGCUACGAGUUCACACAUUCCGGUCAGUGUCUAACAAUUUUCUCGGCUUCCAACUAUUACGAGUCCGGCUCGAAUCGCGGUGCUUACGUCAAAUUCAUCGGCGAAGAGAAGACCCCGCAUUUCGUGCAAUACAUGGCGAGCAAGGUGCAUAAGAAAACGACAGUCCGACAACGACUCAGCAUUGUGGAACAGAGUGCAAUUCGCGAUUUGAGGGAAAAAUUGGGGGCUUUCAAUUCGGAGCUGCAACGGGAGUUCAACAAAAUCGAUAAUGCUGGAAUUGGUAAGUCAUAUACUGAUCUGAUGACUAAUUACAUCCAAAAAUAAGCCUUAUUAUCCUAUAUCUUAACCCGUAGGCCACUAAAAUCUGGUCUAAAAAAUUAUUCAAUCUAUUUUUAGGUACGAUAUCGGUCAACUCCUGGUGUGAUAUUGUCGAGCGAGUUACUGGCCUAAAUGUCCCAUGGCACGCUCUGGCACGGCGAUUAGUCCCUAUGACACAAGACGGACGGUUCGUUCAUUACAAGAAAAAGAUCAGCGUGCAAUUGGGUGAUCCGACGACUCCUGGAGUCUACAGUAUGAAACAGCCUAACUUCCAACCACAGGUAAGGAAAUAUGGUCUAACUCAGAGUCAAAAUAUAGUAGAACUUGCUAUCAAACUUGAGUAAAACUUGCUGGGUAUGACUUCAGAUCAGGAAAAAAUUGUUUCGGGUUCUAUAACAAUAGUAUAUUGUUAUAGAAAAGUGUUCAAACUCGAAAAAAAAAUUUUUUGACCCCUGACAAUCUUUUUCAUUUGAAAACUGCCUUCGGAGACCUUGUAGAUCCUUUAUUCAGAAAGUUCAUAAUAUUUCAGGCUGUUCUAAGCUCAAUAUUCCAAAAAUUUCCAUUAAACUCCUCCAAAAAUUAUGAACAGACAGUAACUUUUCUCACAUUUUACCGCCUAACCCCCCAAUUUCAGGACAACGGAGUUGCCGAGACUCUCUAUCGCCACAAAACGACCCUAGAGACCCUGUUUCGCUUCAUGGACAAAGACAAUUCUGGCCAAGUCUCAAUGCACGAAUUCAUUGAGGCCUGCUCGGUCCUGGGCCAGUUCACAAAAUCAAACAUGAGUCGCGAAUAUGUGGAGCAAAUCGCGGAGAGCAUCGACUUCAACAAGGACGGCUUCAUUGAUCUGAACGAAUUUUUGGAGGCCUUCCGAUUAGUCGACCAAGGGGCAUAA